UAGGUUGAUGAGAAUUGUAUAAAAAGAGGUCCAUUCCAUUGUGAAAUCACACUCAACAGCUGAACUUCUCUAAGUUCAGUUGAGGGCUUCUGGUUUACUCUGAAACCCGUAGUGCCACAUCAUGGCUACUUUACGGGGCUUCAUCGCCUUGGCAUGUGUAUUGCUUUGCGCAUACACAGCGGAAAGCACAAAAUAUGAAUGUAGCAUGGUGUGUCCGUUCAUCUAUAAGCCAGUAUGUGCAUUCAAUGGAGAUGAACACAGAGAAUUUUCAAAUAAAUGUCUCAUGGAAUCCGAGAAUUGCCAGAAAGACGAUUGUUUCGAGGUAGUUUGCGAGGGAACAUGUCCAUGUGUUAGACCACCUUACCCACCGCCGCCACCACCUCCAACACCGCCUCCCCCACCACCACCGCCACCACCACCACCGCCGCCACGACCUCCACCAUACUAUCCUCCACCACCACCACCACCUCCGCCACCACCAUCACCUCCUCCUCCACCACCACCGCCUCCACCACCACCACCGCCACCACCCCCUCAUCCAUACUAUCCUCCACCAUAUCCACCUCCACAUCCACCUCCACCACCACCACCGCCUCCACCGCCACCGCCACCAUCACCACCACCGCCACCUCCUCCGCCAUACUAUCCUCCACCACAUCCUCCUCCACAUCCACCGCCACAACCACCUCCAUAUCCACCUCCAUAUCCACCUCCACGUCCACCUCCACCACCACCUCCACCACCGCCUCCACCACCACCACCACCACCUCCUCCGCCAUACUAUCCUCCACCACAUCCUCCACCACAUCCACCUCCACAUCCACCUCCAUAUCCACCUCCAUAUCCACCUCCACGUCCACCACCACAUCCACCUCCACAUCCACCGCCAUAUAAUCCACCGUAUUACCCUCCGAAGUAUCCUCCUCAUCCACCCCCACCACAUCGCCCAAUUUACCCAUACCCACCCAAACCUUACUACCCACCACCACCUCCUCCACCACCUCCUCCUCCACCACCUCCUCCUCCACCACCACCACCCCCUCGUCCACCUCUUCCUCCACCACCACCACCACCUCCUCCACCUCAUCCUAUACCACCACCUCCACCACCUCCUUAUAAUCAUCCAGUCAAACCUUAUCCUCCACCCCCACCGAAACCAGAUCAUCAUGGAGGCUACAACGAUAUCCAACCAAUUAAGCCUUUCUCCACAAGCAAAGAUUGGUGAAUCGUUUAUCUACAGAUUCAAAUCCCCUGCGAAUUGACAACUUCUUCUUCUAGGAUAGUAUUUCCAAUUCGAUUAUUGAUAUCAUAAAUAAUGAAAUUAUAUUUAUAUAUGUACUGGACUUCUCAACCUACUGAUACUGUAUUGUAGAGUGUAUACUUGAUUCAAUAGAACAUUAUAUUGAGUUGAUAAUUUGGUUUA